CUUGUCAAAUCAUUAGAUUUUUUAUUUCUGUUUGUUUCAUUACAGUUGUCAGAGAAAUUGGCACAUAAAAAGUUAUCUAGAGAAAAUCCUCACCCAUAAACUAAUAUCAAAAGUAAAAAACAAAAACGAGUUGUCUAACUUCUAGUGGUCUAACUAGCUGCUAAUUCAAGUACUUGAGAGGAUGCAUGAAGAUGCAGACCAAUUGAACUCCCUGACCAUCACACUGAGUUUUAAAGCACAUGUCGUAAAGAACAUGGCAUUUUAUUUAACUGUUGAGUCGAGAGUACGUGUUGCAUUCUAGCUUUAAAGUCUUUGCUAGUAGGAGCAGCCAUGUUUUAUAAACACUCCAUCUUGUAAUUCUCCGAUAUAGAAGGUCUUCACAAAAAGUUCAGUAUAAAUCCAUCAGUAAACCAAAUACCUACACUAGAGUCAGAAAACCUAACCCCACAUACACACCUUAUAAAGGGUGGGGAUGUACGUAAACACUUUUGGCAUUUAGGAUAAACCUCUUCCUGAGUUCUGACUUCAAGUUUUGAAAGGCAUCUCUCUCUCUCUCUCUCUCUCUCUCUCUCUCUCUCUCUCUCUCUCUCUCUCUCUCUCUCUCACUCACUCACUCACUCACUCACACACACACCUGGCUCUUCAACCAUAGCAUUCCGACACCUGGAGUGUUUUUUGUUUAAGUCUGAGCCAGGACAUAAGCACCGUUUAAUUUCUACAGACAAGUACCAUGAUGAUGAUGACGAUGAUGAACAGAAAGCACUCCAAACCGCAAAUAUACGAAAAGGUGAAAGCAAAAAAAAAAUAAAAAAUCUCGUAUCAGCCAGCUGAAGCGGCUCUGCCCUUCCGUGCGACAAAAGGGCGCUGAAUGUCAUUCCACAAUUUCGACCCUGUCCUGCGCAGGAGGAGGGAGGUCAUGAGGUCAGUGCGGUCUGCUGGACUCGGACGAACGCCUCUGUCGGGGAGUCACGUGACCGUUCACGUGGCCGUUCUGCCGCUUGCUGAAGCCGCCGUUGAGGAUGUCCUGAAUGUGCUGCACGAUCAGGUUUAUCGCAACUGCAAAACGAAUGAACUGAGUGAGCGCCUUGUAGAAACUGUCCUGGCUCAGGGUGGCGACCUGACGCUGCCGAUGAUCGAUCUUAUUCUGCCCCAGCAUCUCCAUGAUCUUGGAAUCAACCAUUUGAGAAGCCCCGCCCCAUCUUCAAUAAACGCAGGAAUCGACCGUUCGGAGAAGCCCCGCCCCUUUCCAAACGAACAUUCCUGCGUACUAGUUAUCGUGGCAGUGUGCGGUUUAGGACACAACCAACCGCUAAAGAAGGGAAAUUUCUGUCGUACAGAAGGUGAAAUGCGUGUGCUGAGCUCCGUGCUUCCCCCGCGGGUCCGAGCCUCUCUCCUCGCCCUGAACAGGACGGCUUCAUCAGGGAGCAUGCAGAUAAGAGAACCGCUAAACUUCUGGGGCGGAAACAGAGUCAGUCUCGAGAGUGAGAUCGGAUCAGAGCCGGUCUACGAGCCUGCGACAGGUCGCGUGUUAUGCCAGCUGCAGCCUUGCCGAGCAGCGCAGGUCGACGAGGCCGUAAACAGUGCCCGCUCCGCUUUCAUACACUGGAGUAAGAUGGCUGGGAUGGAGCGAGCCAGGAUCAUGCUGGAGGCAGCACGACUCAUCCAGAAAAGAAGGGAAGAGAUCGCUGAGGUGGAGGUGGUCAACAACGGCAAGUCGAUCACCGAGGCGCGGCUGGACGUGGACUCUGCCCGGCUUUGUAUCGAGUACUUUGCGGGUCUCGCCACGACUAUGGCAGGGCAGCAUGUGCAGCUAGUAGGAGGAUCGUUUGCUUAUACACGCCGGGAGCCGUUGGGAGUGUGCGUGGGAAUCGGAGCUUGGAAUUACCCGUUCCAGAUCGCGGCGUGGAAAUCGGCGCCGUCUCUUGCCUGCGGGAACUCGAUGGUGUUCAAGCCGUCCCCAGUGACCCCGGUGAGUGCGGUGCUGCUGGCGGAGAUCUAUGCGCAGGCUGGCGUUCCUGACGGUUUGUUUAGUGUAGUGCAGGGCGCUCAGGAGACGGGCGCUCUGCUGUGCCUACACCCUGCUGUGGCCAAGGUCUCCUUCACCGGGAGCGUGCAAACCGGCAAGAAGAUAAUGGAAAUGGCGUCCAAAGGCGUGAAGCCAGUGACCCUGGAGCUCGGUGGCAAAUCUCCACUGAUCAUCUUUGAGGAUUGUAACCUCGAGAACGCAAUCAGGGGAGCGCUUAUGGCCAACUUCCUUUCUCAGGGCCAGGUGUGCAGUAACGGGACGCGGGUGUUCGUGCACAGGCCGAUCCUAGCCCAGUUUUUGGAGGAGGUCGUGAGGAGAACCGAAGCGAUCCAGAUUGGAGAUCCCCUGCUGGAGGACACGCGUAUGGGGGCACUGGUCAGCCGGGAGCACUUACACAAAGUGCUGGGAUAUGUGGAACAAGCCAAGAGGGAGGGGGCUCAAGUGCUGUGUGGAGGAGAGCCAUUCACACCGGCCGACCCUAAACUGAAACACGGGUAUUACAUGACUCCCUGUGUACUUGACAACUGCACAGACGACAUGACGUGUGUCCGAGAGGAAAUCUUCGGGCCUGUGAUGUCGGUGUUGACCUUCGACACAGAGGAUGAAGUUCUUCACAGGGCGAACGACACCGCCAUGGGCCUGGCCGCUGGAGUUUUCACCAAAGACAUUCAGAGAGCACAUCGAGUGAUUGAGAACCUGCAGGCUGGCUCCUGUUUCAUCAACAACUACAACAUCACGCCUGUGGAGGUGCCGUUUGGAGGCUAUAAAACUUCAGGUAUAGGAAGAGAGAACGGCCAGGUGACCAUUGAGUACUACUCUCACCUCAAGACUGUAGUGGUUGAAAUGGGAGAUGUGGACAGUCUCUUUUAAAGGACAGGACAAACAGAGAACGUACAUGAGGUUGCAUUCUGAACUAACAAGUGACUUAUCAAAGCCUAAAGGACCCACGGUUCGCGACAGCGAACAUGGAAACGUCAUAGCUUUGCAUUAUUGCUGCUUGGUAAUUCACUACCUUGUAUAAGGAACGGUCAUAUAAUCAGGUAAUAGCUAAUUAUACUGUAUGACCUGUAGGCUGUUUCAUUCGCUGGACACGCAACAUUAUGUUCUGGCGCUAAAAAGAUGAUUUAUGAUCGUGUUUGGAACAGAACCAUGAGUGGUAUCAGUAUUGUAGAUCUACUCACACGAUCAUCCGGUUCAAAGAUGUUCGCUGUUCAGAUAUCUUUAAAUGGAGAUUAACAAUUAAUCAGAUUAUUUGUUCUUGAUAUGUACUGCUGUCGAUUCUACAAAGUGCCUUAUUAUGAGGAGGGAUGGAAUGAUACAGGGAGAAAAAAGUCGAACAUUUACUGGUUUUGCGCCGAUAUCUGCUUAUUACUACUAUAAACUAUUUAUAAGACCCAUUUGUAGAAAUACAAUUUUCUGUUAUUACUCCUUUAAAUUUAAUGAUACAGAAUUUCUUUUUAAAGAUUACCAUUUUCAUACUGUUAUACCAGUGUAUCGUCAUACAUACAGCAUUUUCCUCACGUAUGACGUCGUUAUACCAAACAUACAGAUGUUACCUUUUCCUUCUACUCAGCAGGUCCAGCCGUUCUAAUAAUAAUGAUGAUAAUAAUAAUAAAAAUAAUAAUAAUACAUUCAAAUAAGCUACAUUAUGACAAAACAAAUGGAAAAUAAUGCAAGCUGCUUGUAUAGAGGCAGUGGGACUUCCUUAAAACCAUCUUAUACAGUGUAUAAGAUGGACAUUGAAGUUUUAUUACAACACUAAUCUAUGUAUUUUGUAAAAAAAAAAAAAAAAAAGUUUUAUAAUAAUUACAUCAUAAGAUUUGUAUUUAAGUUGAGAAUUUCAUGUACAGGGAAGCAGAAUAUAAUAAAAGUAUUUCUGUUCUA